AUGCGAACUAACUACUAUGGAGAUGGUGGUCGCUCAAUUCACGAGCUGGACAAACAGCGCAGAAGACUUGAAGUUGAAAAAGAAGAACUACAAGCUGCUCUUGAAGAGGCUGAAGGAGCACUGGAAGCUGAGGAAAACAAGGUCCUAAGAGCGCAAUUGGAACUUGGCCAGGUCAGACAGGAAAUUGAUAGGAGAAUGGCAGAGAAGGAGGAAGAGUUCAACAAUAGUCGUAAGAACCACGCUCGUGCCAUGGAGAGCAUGCAAGCUUCUUUGGAAUCUGAGCAGAGAAGCAAGGCUGAAGCCCUCAGGAUCAAGAAGAAGCUUGAAGGAGAUAUCAAUGAGUUUGAAAUUGCUCUGGACCACUCUAACAAAGCCAACAAUGAAGCUCAAAAAUCCAUCAAGCGUUACCAG